AUCCACCAUAAAACUCAGGGCCAAACUAUCACCCCAAUCCACAACAACAACAACAACAGCAGCAAGAGCAGCAAGAAGGGAGGGUCCUCGGGCAGUGCCACGCCACAGAAUGGAACCUUGCCCAAACCAGCACCACAGCCUUCAAUCCCCCCACAGCCCCUCUCACCACCUCAAGUUCCCACCCCAGAAGGGUUGAUAGCAAAUGCCUUUCUUCGCAAAGAGGAGAGAUGAGGAAUAUGAGGAAAUAUGAGGAGGAGUUAAAGCUUCGAAGGGAACGUGAGGAGCAAGAGGCUAUGCUGAGGUCGUCUUUGCGUUCCUCCCAGAAGCUUCAACAGCUUGCUUCACAUCCUGUACCUACUGGCGUUGUAAAUGAGGCAUUUUCAGUGGAAGAGUCACAGUCAGGACUGGAACAACAAGCCAGUGCUGACACACCUAGUAAAGUUAUAGGUAUAAAUGAGCUUAUUCAGUCACUCCAAAGGAUUCAGACAGUGCUCAAGUCUAAUGGACACAGGAUUAGUGAAGACAUGACCCUUGUGGCUCAACUAUUGACAAAUCCAGAGUUCCAAAAGGUGCUGGCUGUUCACAAUAAGGUGCAAGAAACAUGGUGUUUGAACAGACCCCCAACACCAGUCACAGAUAAUGCUCAGGCACUAUUAGCUGAGAGUCUUCAAGAACUACAAGAAUACUCUGUACCUGAGGCAGCAGAACUAAUUGACAUACUCAACAAAUACUCGAUGGAAGGGCUCUUAUAUGCUCACGACAGAAUUGCUGAGAGGGAGCCUUUACCUGUCGGGAAUCUACCAGAGGAGGAAGUUCUGGACAGAGUUUCUCAUUACCCAGAGGACAGUGUUAAGAUUGUUCGCAUCGACAAAACUAAUGAGCCUCUGGGGGCAACUAUUCGAAAUGAAGGUGACUCAGUAAUAAUUGGUCGAAUUGUAAAAGGUGGUGCUGCUGAAAAAUCUGGUCUCCUUCAUGAAGGGGAUGAAAUAUUGGAAGUCAAUGGUGUUGAAGUCAGGGGCAAGUCUGUGAAUGAUGUCUGUGACAUGCUGGCUGGUAUGACAGGCACUUUAACGUUUAUCAUCAUCCCAAGUGGAACCCAGCAACAGCAGCCUCCCCCAACACGACCCCCUAUCACCCAGACCAUACAUGUCAAGGCACACUUUGACUAUGACCCAGAGGAAGACCUUUAUAUACCCUGCAGGGAGCUGGGCAUGAGUUUCCAGAAAGGAGACAUUUUACACAUUAUCUCUCAAACUGACCCCAACUGGUGGCAGGCCUAUAGAGAUGGAGAAGAGGACCAAACACUGGCAGGACUUGUUCCUUCCAAAUCUUUCCAACAACACCGUGAAGCCAUGAGACAGACUGUGGUCGGAGACAAUAACAACAAGGAGAAACCCAAAAAAGGGAAACUACUAUGUGCCAAAAAGCAUCAGAAGAAAAAGAAGAAAAAAAUGCUCUAUCCAAAUUACAAUGAAGAUUUUGAUUCGGAAGAAAUCCUCACUUACGAAGAAGUUGCUCUUUAUUAUCCACGAGCCAACAGAAAACGACCCAUUGUUCUCAUUGGACCUCCCAAUAUUGGUCGGCAUGAACUCAGGCAAAAGCUCAUGGAGGACAGAGAUAGAUUCGCUGCUGCCAUUCCACACACAUCUCGCACACGAAGAGAAACUGAGUUGGAUGGUCAGGACUACCACUUCAUAUCUAGAGCGCAGUUCGAGGCAGACAUUCUCUCUCGCAAGUUCGUCGAGCACGGGGAGUAUGAGAAAGCCUAUUAUGGGACCAGCAUAAUGGCUAUCAGAGCUGUGGUGAACUCAGGAAAGAUUUGUGUGCUGAAUCUUCACCCACUGUCACUCAAGAUCCUCAAGAGUUCUGACCUCAAGCCUUUUGUGGUGUUUGUUGCUCCUCCUUCAUUAGAGAAGCUGAGACAAAAGAAGCAGAAAUUGGGAGAGCCAGUCAAAGAUGAGGAGCUCAAAGAAACAAUAGAGAAAGCCAGGGAAAUGGAAGAACAGUAUGGUCACUACUUCGACCUGAUCAUCAUAAACCAGGAUGUGGACCGUGCCUACCAUCAGCUGCUACAUGAGAUUAACAUGUUGGAAAGAGAGCCACAAUGGGUUCCUGCAGCAUGGCUUGCACAUGACCAGUGAUAGGUACUGUAGUGCUUCUAUGGUGCCAAAUUUUUACCUGUGCGCUUCCCUCUAGCCAAAGGCAGAAUUCUCCUCAGUGCUGCUGCUCUCAAGAUACGUUCCUUGUGUGGAAGUCUCACUUGAAGGGCAGCUGAGUUUUUACAAUCAAUGAUGUGAUGGCUUGAUGCUACAAUCCCUUGUCUGGUGGACACUAGGUGCAUGAAAUCAGUUGACUGUGUUAAGGUUGUGUUUUGAAAAUGGAUUAUCAUAUGGAGUCUAACCGAAGGAAAUGAAAGAAAAAUACAAGGCAGAUAACUGCUUUGCUAAAUGAUUGGACAAUAGAUUAACAUUGUAAAUUGACUUUCAUUCUAAUACCUCCCCUGCCCUGUGUGGACAUUUAACUUAGGUAAUAAAUCUAGACCAUGGCUCCAUUUACAAAAGGUGGGAAGUUUAAGCCCAUUGUAACGGGAUAAAAUCAGGCAGACAAAUGAUGGAAGACAAACCAGACAAAAACUGUGGUGUAAAAAGUAUUAAGCAAUCCACCUUUUGUUGAGGUGGCUCAAGUGUGUGUGAUACUAGGCAGAAUCUAGAAACACGUUAUUACCCUGUAAAGAAGACCCUCAAAUCCUUCUUGAGAGUUUAAUCUCUUUUUGUUAUUUACAUUUUCUAUUUCUUUUAUUUUCCUGUACAUAAAAUUCUUUUACAUUAUGUUUGAAAAUUUAUAUACAUUAUAUCUAUAUCAUGUUUAUCAAACCUGCAGAUUUUUUUUUUUAUGUGUCCCUACUUUUCAAAUUGAAAACAUAAUAUAAAGGCUCAUUUCACCCCCAUGUUUAAAGUGUUUUAAUGUCAUACAGAUAACUUUCUAUUGACUUCAUAUUAAAUGUGAGAUUAAAGAAAGUAUUUUAUCAAUUUUCAAGAUAGCUGGAAGCAUUUGCUCAGUUACUAUAAAAAGUUUUUAUUGGCAAUGUGCAAUAAGAUGACUUUUAAAAAAAUUAUUCUGAUCAAUUAGCAUGUACUUCAGAUAGUUUCCUUUGACCCCUUAAAUGUUUGUAAUGUACAUAGAGGUGCCAUAUUACAUCAAAGUUGUGCUUGUAAAUCAAACCUGUGACUCCUGAUCUGUUUGCAGUGUUAAGCAGCAAUAAUAAUACCUACAUACAUCCAAAAAAGUGUGUUGUAAAAGUCUUCACUAUUAUUUCUGUAAGGCUUUAGGAUUUAGCUCUGCCAUUCACAGAGACAAAUAAUCUGAGUGUCUUAUUAUUCAGAAUGAAUAUUGUUUACCAUAUAUUCAUCCCUGAGAAGCCUAUACAGUGAAGUCUCUCAAAAGCACAAGUAUGUGAGAAGUCAUGUUUGUGAUGCUGACAAUAUUGCAAAUACACACAUGAAACUGUAACUUCAGUAUUCCAGUGGUGUUUCCCCAAUUUGUGUAAUUCCUGUAUAUACUGUUAUGAUCUUCCUAUGUUCACUUUGUUGUAAGUAGAAGCAUAUAUGCCUCAUUAUAAUGAACCAUUAAAUGAUUAUGAUUCCUAAAAAUAAAUGUGUAUACCAGCUC